AUGUCCACUGAACCACAACAACACGAUGUCACUCCUAGGCAAGGAACUCCCACAGAGUCUGCCUCGGAUGCAGCCCCUUCCCAACCGCCGCAGGCCGUGCUCGAUCUCACACAAAUUCAAGAGUAUUUCUCCACAAACGGCGUUCUUGAUGUGGUGCGUCUCCUUGAAGGCUAUCGGGACCUGAGCAAGACUCUUCGUGACACCCAGCUGCAAGUCAAUGCGCUCAUCGACGCAAAGAGGCUCCUCGAACUGUCAGCCACAAGCUCUACCAAGUCUAAGGGUAGAGGUUCGGAUUCUGGAUUAACAGCUGAGCAAGAAAAAACUAUUCUCCAGUUUGGGAAGCGCUGCAUUGUCACUAUCGACUUGUGGCCAGAAGACGCCGAAAUCUUCGAGGAGAGACCAUCAGCAAAUGCCGGCCUCAUUCUCAGCGCUGCACGAUAUGCGAAAAUUUUCACUUCUGCUUUGCUAAGAAUUACGGUCCGGCGAAGAAAACUUUUCCUGAAAUCCGCCUCUGAUGGCCAAUCCACUUUCCUCAAUCGCGUGAAAAACGAUGCCUUCCACACUAUAUUCGGCGCGUUGGUUCCAUCUGCCAGUAAUACCAAUUUUGAUCCUUUGACGGAUCCUCAUUGCCUUGACCUCCUCGGGUAUAGGCCAUCAAAUAAGACCUACUCAUCGCUGCCCCCCAUUCUUUGGGAAGAUGGGGUGAAAGGUGACCCACGCUCUAUCUUUCGAAGCACCACACUGAUGAAGAUUCUCUUUGUUAUAUUUUAUGGUGGCGCCAGUCUCAAACAGAAGUCCACGAAAAAAGCUGUCAAGAGCAAGCAAACCAACGCUUUUCUCUGGAAAUUAACCGAAACUUCGCCAGGGACUAUGGCAUAUGCUGCCACUGUUGCUCGUUUUGUCCUCUCUGGUGAUGAACGCUUUGAUAAGCGUGGUGGUCGCUCAGGCAUCAACUAUGCUUCUGACUACUACCAAUACAAGAGAACGAUCAUUGAGGCGAUUUCGACAUCUCACAUGAAGCAAACCAUCGCAGCAUAUAAUAGGUUUCUCUUCGAUGAGAAGCCCUCGAGACUAGGUACAAACCAGUGUGGAACAUCAUGUGAUGAUGACAAUGAGUUCAUCGAGCUUCAGGAAGCAUUUGCUGAUGUAUCAGAUGCCGAAUCAGACACUCCCAUGGCUAAUGACGCACCUCCUGAUGCCAUGAUGACUGUCACUGCCAAUCCAGAGGUCCAAGAACUCAUUCAAGGUGUCAAAAUGGUUAAUUUUCAGCUUGAAGCACCUUCCAACAAGGAACAGGAGGUACCGGAAAUUCGGCGUAGUCGACGAGGCCAUGUUGUUCCAAAUCCCGGAGAUACUGAUUUGACAGUCAGCACAGAAACUGAUGUUACUCAAGCAAAAGGCCGCGGGCGUGGUGCUAAGUCUCGUGGGAAGGCGGGCAGCUGUGGCUGUGGCCAUGGAACAACUCAGACGCAAACCAAUCAGCCUCAGCAUGACGCAAGGCCCACUCGUCGAGGUACAUGGGCUGAUACUCAGUGGCAGGUGUCACAGGUCCAGGAGGAAGCAGGAGAUCUAGAAAAUGACGAUGUAUAUGGGUAG